GGCCCCACAUCUUCUGUGCGUCCUCGUCUCCCUCUCGUUUUCAUGCGCCUCACUGAUCCCAUCGCUUUGUUCCACUGGAAAAUAUUGGAAAUAUUCACUCGGGAAUCUUUGCAACAUUUCUGAAAACCAAGGAGGAGGAGGAAGAGGAAUUUGAGUUAAAGUGCAAUGCAUUUACUCUCUCUUGCUACUAAUAAUAAUCUUUAUAAAAUUGUCGAACCAGUGUUUGUGCGAGUGUGAGUAGUUUGACAUUUUCAAUUUUCUCGAGCUAAGAUAAAAUGCAUUUACGAAGAUAACGAUAUUAUUAAAAUAAGUACCGUGUAAUGUAUUAUUAUAUAUGUUGAGUAGUGUGGUAGUGAAAAAAGUUUUUGAGUUUUUUUUUCGUUAAGAGAAAUAACACAAUCUAGUUGGCCUUAAAUAAAAUCCGAGAAUAUAAAAAAGCAAUAAAUAACCGAGCAAUACUAAUAAUUAAUUAGUUGGAGAAAAUAGGAAACAAAUAUUCUGCUCAGAAUUUGGAUGACAUUACGAUUUGCGAGUUAUUCUCGAGAGCCUACAACCGAGUCAGCAGGAGUGGCCGUGAGGGAAUUUUGUGGUGGUUCUAGUGGUGAGGAGUGGUUUUGUGGCAGUUCUCAAAAUUGCUUCCCGUCGGAAGAAGACGAGCAGUAGUGGUUGUGGGAAGAUGUCGUUGGCAGGCCCCACAGCGGCGCCCAUCAUGGGUGUGUCGCACCACCAUCAGGCCGUCCUGGCCGCAGCUUACUUUCACCACGCCCCCAACAACUCGCAAGGAGUCCCCUCGAAAUCCGGCUCCAUUUCCUCUAACGGAUCUUCCUCCUACUCCCCACCUGAACGUAACUCGCCCCCCGUCGACGUCCAGCCAGACCGACCUAUCGGAUACGGAGCCUUUGGAGUCGUUUGGGCUGUCACGGACCCCCGCGACGGGAAACGUGUAGCACUCAAGAAACUUCCGAAUGUGUUCCAAUCGUUGGUGUCUGCAAGGAGAGUUUGUCGCGAAUUGCGAAUGUUGUGCUUCUUCAAACAUGACAACGUCCUUUCAGCCCUUGACAUUUUACAACCGCCUCACAUUGACUUUUUUCAUGAAAUUUAUGUGAUAACCGAGCUGAUGCAGAGCGAUUUGCAUAAGAUCAUUGUCUCUCCUCAACACUUGUCUACCGAUCACAUUAAAGUCUUUCUUUACCAGAUUCUUCGAGGUCUCAAAUACCUACAUUCUGCGAGAAUUAUCCACAGAGAUAUAAAACCUGGGAAUUUGUUGGUGAAUAGUAAUUGUGUGCUAAAAAUUUGUGACUUUGGCCUAGCACGAGUUGAAGAACCAAAUCCCUCGAAAGCAAUGACACAAGAAGUGGUAACUCAGUACUAUCGAGCCCCGGAGAUUCUCAUGGGUGCUAAACAUUACACAAAUGGGGUGGACAUUUGGAGCGUGGGCUGCAUUUUUGCUGAACUUUUGGGACGACGAAUUCUGUUUCAAGCUCAGACUCCCAUACAACAGUUGGACCUGAUAUCCGACCUAUUGGGAACUCCUAAACCUGAAGAUAUUCGAUCAGCCUGUUCUGGAGCGAAAUCUCAUAUGCUGAAAAAGCCCCACAAACAACCUGCUCUUCCUGCCCUGUACACUCUGUCCCCACAGGCAACUCCAGAAGCCGUUCAUCUUUUGUGUCAAAUGCUCGUAUUUGAUCCCGCUAAACGAGUAACGGUGGAUGAAGCUAUGAACCACCCGUACAUUGACGAGGGACGAUUAAGAUUCCACUCUUGUAUGUGCCGAUGUUGCCGAACUUCAUCAACUGGACUGAGAAUUUACGCACCUGACCUCGAACCCUCGGCUGACCACCCUUUUGAUGACAGAUGGGAGAAGAAAAUUGUAUCAAUGCAUCAAAUUAAAGAUGAAUUGUACCGAUUGGUGUCGGACCAUGCGCAAAACAACCGAACUCCUUUGUGCAUUAAUCCUCACUCUGCAGCAUUCAAGAGUUUUACCAGCUCAACGGUUGCCCACCCCUCCGAGUUGCCCUUCGCCCCACCAAUGGGAGUGACAUCUACUCAUGAAGUCGAAAUCCAAGCUGCAACAACCAUAACUCACAUGUUGGUGUGUUGGAUAUCGUCUUCUAAAUUUGAGACUUACCCAUACACAUUCGUGUGUAAAUCAAUUUUUACCUAAUCACUAACAAAAAUAUAUGAGGUGCACUAUUAAAUGUGCACAAAGAAGACGAAGAAAAAGAUGACUCACUCACAACUAGAAAAAGGAACAGACAACAAACUCAGGAUGGCGAACGUUGUGUAUUUCAAAAUCAGGGGAUCCAGUAGAAUAUUUGUAUUUUUCAUUCAAAUCAACAACACUAAUAACAGUAACAACUACAACAACCUCAACUACUACUGAACUAAUGGAUAUGUAUUAAUACUGACAUUACUGAAAUUGAUGUGAAGUCAAACCUCAGAGGCAGGAAGAGAGAGACGAAGAAGUGAUGGAUUGGAUUCGCCAAACUAUUCAAUAGAUAGACUGUAAAUAUCUACAAUCUUAAAGUAGGAAUGUACGCAAAUAAGUAAUGCCUACAUCAAUGUCAACAAUGAUCCACCGAACUCCGAAUCGCAGCUAAAAUAACCAACAACUAGGCUGAUUAGUUUUUACGAUACCUAGAUUUAUUAUUACAACAACUCACUACGUCCGUAAAAUCUUUCUUCAAAUAUCGCAUUGUUACUGUCUCGCUUUCACUGCACUUAAUCAGAGAAAAGAAAAUUUACAAUAUGUUUAGGUUACUUACUACAUAAUACUAAGAAGUAAUGACUCGAUUUUUUUGUUCAAUAGACAACUAAGAGAAACAGACGAGAGUUCGAGGUAGUUCCUUAAUUUUUUAUAUUAAAUUCUUACUCUUUCUCUAUGGAUAAGUUUUGUGGUAUGAGAUGUGUGGUCGAUCGGUUAUUGUUGAGUUGGUAAUUUUUGAUCAACAAACAAGAGUAAAGAGUAGAACGACUUGCACAACCAUAUAUGCGAAAGGAAUUUUGUCGAUAUUAGAUUUAGACAUUUUUGUACCGUAGUAGUCGUAAUAUUUUUUUAGAUUUACAAGUAUUACUGGGAGAAAGGAGAGAAAGUUGUGUGUAUAUAUCUCAAUUGAUGAUUACUAACGUUUCUACUAUAUACCAGUACCUAUGAUAGCCACUCUUGAACUACUUGUACUCGUGUGUAAUUAGACAAAUUAUCAGACAUUAUCUCAUCGCCGUGGAGUUGUGAAUGGGUUGGCGUGGCGUGGCGUGUGGUGCAGUAGUAGUCACAGGGUUGAGUUACAAUCAGUCAGAGACACAACUUUGUGUAACCACCACCACACCCACGACCCCCAAAAAACAACCCUUCCAUCGUCCCCACCUCUUCUUGUUGAGGAAACUGUGUCCAACAUUUAACGUUUUUGUAGUUUUACGCUGUUAAUAUAUAUAUUGAUGAUCAUGUUGAAAACCAACGUAUUCUCUUUGUAUUACGUUAUAACAAAAUUACUGCUUUAUCUAUGCACAGCGUCAUGAAAUGAAUUACUUGCUAGAAGCAGCUACAAAUAAUAGUAUCUUUGUAAAUGAGGCAUCAAUAUUUGUGUUGCUGCAGUAAAUUAUCUCGCUCGUCCACUAUUCUCUACAUUGUAUAACUCGCAACAGGGGGAUAUUUGUGCUAGGUAAUUAGGGGGCAAGCUAUAUUCUAUCUCAUAUUUUUUUAUUUUUAGUCUUGACUUUACACUGUUGUAUACAGUGUACUCCUUCUUCUCUAAUGACUGGUUCUGUGCGGAUGAGGUUCUUAUCGGGUAAAAUAUACAGUUUAAUUACACUCUAUUGGUCCAGUUCUCCACGUACUUGUUCCUUGUUUAGUGACUAUAGUAUAUUAAAGUGAUACUAUAUACAUACGCAUAAGAGUAAAAAUUUUGUUGGUUGGAUAACACAGCGUUAUGUGUGUUGUAAAAAGACUCGAGUUUAUGGGAAGGAUAUUAGUCGUCGUCAUUCAAUAAGAAUUUGCCUUGGCUGUUGUAAUAGAUGUAUAAUGAAUGAGGAGGAAAGCACUUGGUGAAAGUGUUAUUCUGAGCGAGUGGAUAAGAAGAGAAAGCCCAAUCGAGUUAGAUUUGUAUAAUAUGCUGCCAGAAUCUCGUCAUAUAAUUUGUAAUUUUUUGUCUUUUUUUGCGACGAGUCAACUGUCCAGCCAAGAAUAUUGACCUCGUACACACAUAUUUGUGUCAUUUGAGAUUUGGUAGGUAUGAUGAGAGCAAGUUUUAAAAGUGAUAUUGAUGCAAGUAAUUAGAGACAAAAUUACUCAGUAGAUAAGAAGUCAAUUGUACGCGCCUAUACUAACUAACUAAAUAAUGAUGGUGAUGAUAAUUAUCUUAUUAUUAGAUAGAUAUGGGUGGUUGGUGAAUUAGACUUGCCUUCCUUGGAAUUAUCGGUACAGUGAUUAGUUGUUGUCGUGACUAAUAUUAUGAAAUUGUACACGUUUCUUGAUUACUUGUUGUUGACUUUUUGUAUUGACGACGGCUUUAGAGAGAGAGAAAGAGGAGCUAUUAGUAGGAGUAGUUAUAUUGUAUUACCUGUCAUUCAUAAAAUUACAACAUGAUUAUUAAUAGUAUGUUAACAGAUCUCAGUCUUCAACACCUACCAACCAAUACUAAUAAUUAAUCAUCACUGACUUUUUCCCCCUAAACUGAAUUAUAUUGUUUAUAUUACAUAUUAUAUACUGUUAAAAUUAUGUAUGAAAACUAUGACUUUCUUGUUGACGGUCAAUACCCAAUAGAAAUUAGUUAUGAAUUUGCUUUAGUUAGAUUACCAAACCAAUAGAUUUUAGUUAAUACUUGAUGUAACUUCGCUGACCAUACACCAUAAUCAUUACAUUAUCAUCACGCUAGAGAAUCAAGAAUGAAUAUUUUGACCCUUAUUAAACUGUUUACAUUUCUAUUAAACAUCACUGAAUGAAUAACCCCUGCUGCUGUCCGUGCUAAAAUAUGUAUGUAGAAGUAGAAAUCAUCACAAUUAUUUUUUCUUGCAAUUGUUGCCUUGCAUCGUUCAACUUGUUUCAUAGAGUUGUUUGGAAUUUUGGAUGAAUUAUUAGCUUUUCAUCAUCAUCAUGUGAAUCUAUUUUUUCAUACAAAAUAUUACCAUCAAACCCAUACUAGCUUAAAAUGCAAUGUUGUGUGUUGAGAGAGGAGUAGUGGAAAUAUUUGGUUAUUUGUACAUGUGCAGCUACAUGUUGUCCAUUUAAUAGUGCAAUGCUGGGGUCUACACGUCUAGUGAUAUUAAUUAGUUUUCUACAGUCUCUCCUUUCUCCACACACUGAGCACACUAGAAAAUCUCAUUUUAUUGUGGAAAUUUACCAAAUCUGAUCACGUACAGUGAUUUAACAUGGAUUUUUUUGUUUGCAAACCAGAACUUGAUGCAUUUUUGGUAAACCUUAAGAUAAGUGGCUUCAACAUUACGCUAAACUAUACAUGUAAAUUGUAAUUGUACUUCUUCUCCUUCCAUGUCGUCUCCUCCCCGUCAGCUAUCAUCAUGAUGUAUUAUUACUUAAUAUUAAGAUAGUUUGUAGAAUAGAAACGGCCUUUUUUACCUAAUGUAGUUUACAGUUAGAGAUAUCACGUGGAGAUAAACGAUGUACCAUGAAUUAAUAAAUUGUUGCAAAGUACGAAA